CUGUACGCUGGUUCCGCGCGCGCGCGUAGUUGGUGAGCUGGCGCGAGAGGGAGAGGACGCACCGAUAUUUCGCGCAUUUUUAUAGUGUGUGCGUUGAGUAAAGGGGGAAAAACAAUAUUUUUGAGAAUAUUGAUGAAUGGACUCUAAUGAUAAGUCUAUUACAGUGCGAAUAUAUAAAUUAACGUUGAAAAAAAUAACGACAGUCUGAGAGAUAAAAGCGCAACGCUGUGCAAGGUGGACACAUCUCGAGAUCAACAAAUAUACACGCAGCUAUAUAUAUUACGUUCAUAGAAACUUGUUCCUCAAAUUUUUUCGCUCGCGUUCGCCGUAUUUUUUGUAGCGAUACAAAACGAAGUUGUCAGGCAUACUCAUCGAUCGAAAUAACCCAAAAAAGGAAAAAAACGUUCCUUAAAUUCUCAUGCGUUACAGUGUUGCCGGUGUUUACCGUCUUUACUUAAAAUCUUCUUCAAUAUACUGAAAAAAAUCUUGAAGAAUCGGUGCAAAAGCCGCGUGUGCAGUGUCCACAAGCUUGACUCGUGUUCACCCUGUCAAACGAACAAGUGCGCAAGAGUGUCAAACUCGUUACCUAACGUCACGUGUUUUUUUUUCUUCGUCUCGCUCAUUUGUGGUGCAAGGCUUUUAUUUCCGGGAUUGGUAUUUACGUUAAACAUAAAAGUAAAGAAAGCCUGCUGGGGCGUUGGUUCAUCUCGGGUCAACGUGGUAAAGGCGACUUGGCUCUCGUGGUUCGCGGUCUCCAGGAUAGAAAACGAAGCGAGGCGUCCAAGCGGUUGCCAUGACGAGAUUCUCGGUGUGAGAAAAAAUUCUUCGCACGGGAGAGAUCAGUCCAAGGACCUCCUCCGGGGUGGAAUCUGAUUCCCACCGUCGGUACUACGAUGCCUGAACACCGAGCCAAUCACCGACCUUCUUGGUUCACCACUGCUCGAAACUUCAUUGCAGUUUGGCUGUUGUCCACAUGCGUCGCGAGCAACAAUGUUAACGAACCACCGAUAUUCGAGGCAGGAGGUUACCCCAUGGGGCUACCGCUUUUCGAAGCGACGACCGUAGGCACAGAAAUCUUUACACUCAAAGGUCACGAUCCCGAGAACUCAUCGGUCAAAUAUGGCAUUCAAUCGACCGAGGAGUUCACCGUUAAUCAGCACACCGGGGUCAUCACGUUGGCGAAACCUCUGGAUCGGGAGAAAAACGACACGAUACGAUUCUUCGUCACCCUCGAAGACGAAGUGCCCGAGGGACAGCAGCCUAACAUCGUCGGCGUUGAUGCUUACGUUAUCGUUCUCGAUGUCAAUGACAAUCCACCUCAAUUUUCGAGAACAUCCUACGAAGCUACUGUCGAUGAGGACGAAAAAAUAGGCACGACUGUAUUACCCGGUAUCCGAGUCACCGAUCCUGACUUGCUCGGCGAUAAUAUCGAGCUGACAUGCGUGACGCAGCCACAGUUCCCGGACGCCUGUAUCAAGUUCGGUAUCGAUGACGUGGAGAAGAGUGAGAACACGUACGUCGGUGCUCUCGUUCUACGUCAGCCACUCGACUACAAGCAACGACCUUUCUACCAACUGCUUCUACGUGCAAGCGAUGGUACGAAUAACGAAACUACAGGAGUCGAGAUCAAGGUCAGGGAUAUACAGAACAGCCCGCCCGAAUUUUUGGACUCGUUGACCGGUGUUGUCAAAGAAGACGAUCCCAUUGGAACCCUCGUUAUGACUGUUAAAGCUCGGGAUGGCGAUCGUGGAAUGCCGAGAAAAAUUAUCUACGAGCUUGUCACGAAUCCGUUCGAUUAUUUUCUGCUGGAUUCCGAGACCGGUGAGUUACGGACUGCCAAGCCUCUCGACCGAGAAGCCCUCGAGGAUUCUACGGGAGUACUGACACUCAAAGUCAAGGCUCGAGAAAUCGUUGACGGUAAACCCGGCGACGACGACUCGACCGUUUCCAUGGCUGAAGCAACCGUCACCAUCAAAGACGUUAACGACGAACCACCGUCUUUCAAUCGACGAGAAUAUAACAUUGAGAUACCUGAAAAUGUACCCGAUGGUACUCCACUACCGCAUCUCGACAUGUCCGUCAAGGACCCCGAUGUUGGCUCGAAUUCAGCUUUUUCACUAAAACUGGAAGACAUUACGGGAGCAUUUACGGUGGAGCCGACAGUAGCGAUCGGAAGUACGUCGGUAAACAUUCGAGUAACGAAUGGCUCACUCGACUACGAAAAUCCAAAUCAGCAGAAGUUUAUAAUCCUCGUAGUUGCUGAGGAGUUGCAUACCGAUCCGAAACUCUCUUCAACCGCGACGGUGACGGUGACGAUAACCGAUGCUAAUGACAAUGCACCGUCCUUCGGUAGCCCAACAUUCACAGCUCUCGUAUCCGAAACGGCGUUGCCUGGCACACCGAUCGUCACGAUAAAAGCCAAAGAUCGUGACAGCGGUAGAUUCGGAACUGCGGGAAUAAUUUAUCAAUUGCUGGGGCAGGGCUCCGAUCAUUUCGCAGUUGACAAACGUAAUGGCACCAUUACCGUCGCACCAUGCCCAACCCCUGGCACUUCUCCUUGUCUCGAUUACGAAGAGCAAAGCGAAUAUUUUCUCAAUUAUAAGGCAACCGACGACGAUGGAAAAGGGCAAACAACAAGCGUAUCACUGCGCGUGAGUCUUGGCGAUGCGAACGACAGUCCGCCACGUUUUCUCCAGGAGAAAUAUAGGGCAGUCGUUGACGAGGGCGCUGAAAAGUUCGAACCCGAGUUGAAAGUUCAGGCUCGUGACAAGGACAAAACGUCGAAAAUUAGCUACUCAAUCGUGGACGGUAACGAGCUCGGUUUUUUCGCUAUCGAUACGAAUUCCGGUGAAAUUUCGAUCGUCAAAAGAGGUCCCGUGAAUGUGACCAACUCGAGCCAAGAUUGGAUUGCUCUGUCCGUUCAAGCUAGCGAUGGAAAAUACAUCGAUUCCGCUGUAGUCAACAUUACCAUUCGUGACGUCAACAACAAUGAACCCAGUUUUCCGCAGGACGUUUACACCGCCAGUGUACCGGAAAUAUCAUCGCCUGGAACCGUCGUUGAAGAAAUGAUGGCAACCGACGCUGACAGUGGAAUUAACGCGGAAUUACUGUACAGAAUUCAGAAAGGCGCCUUCGAUGAUUUUUCCAUUAAUGAAACUACUGGAGUCGUAACCGUUUCCAGGAAACUCGAUUACGAUAAGAGAAACACUUAUCACGUUGAAGUUAUCGCGCUGGACGGAGGAUCGCCGAGUCUAACGGGUACAGCGACUCUAAUGAUUAAAGUGGAAAACAGUAACGACAAGGCACCAUAUUUCACACCAGCAACGCAAAGAGCUCAAGUCACCGAAGACACGGCGGUCGGUACAGUUUUCACGACCCUCAAAGCAACUGACCCUGACAGUUCAGAUCCUCAAGCACUGAAUUUUGCUAUUUCUGAACCAAUCACGGCAAUCGAUCGUAAGGGUCAACAAGUCAGCGAGAACUCGACGUCUUUCAAAAGUUUCUUUGCCGUUGACAGCAAAACCGGCCAGGUUUCUGUUGUUAGACCCCUGGAUCGUGAUGUUGCUGCAACCGUGAGCAUCAAUGUCGUCGUGACCGACACCACAGCGCCCAAUUUGCAACAAGGAACAGGUACUCUCGUUGUGACCAUUAUCGACGUAAAUCGCAUGGCCCCAGAAUUCUUGAAGCCCUGGACUCGCGAAAAGCCUGAGUACACGAUCGAAAUGCAAGAGGAACAACCGACGGGUGCGGUGGUCGGAGCUUUUACUGCUACCGAUACCGAUAGCAAUAUCGCUGGUUACGCCAUCGAUCCUCCGAGUCCAUAUUUUACUAUUUACAACACCACCGGUAUUGUUCGAACGAGUCAGGUUAUCGAUUACGAAGAAACGAAACAAUUGAACUUCACGGUGAUAGCAUACGACUCCGGAGUUCCGAGAUUGUCGUCAACAGCUCGAGUAACCGUCACAGUUAUAAACGUGAAUGACCAAGAGCCGAAAUUUGAAAAAAAAUCAUACGUUGUUUCUGUACCGGAAAAUUCGCCACCGGGCACUCACGUGACGGUCGUUAAAGCAAUCGACGGUGACGAGGGACAGUUCGGUGAAGUAAGUUACAGUCUUAUCGGUGAACAUGCUUCCGACUUCAAUAUAGGCCAUGAAACUGGUGAGAUUACGGUGGGAAGCGCAACGGUAUUGGAUCGGGAGGAAACUCCGGAAAUAACGAUAACUGUAAUGGCGAGUGACGGUGCACCAUUGAACUCCCGGAGAUCGACGACCGUUCCUGUUGUCAUUAAUCUCGUCGAUGUUAAUGACAAUAAACCGAUAUUCAGCCAGCACAGUUACAUUGCUUCGGUUGCGGAAAAUCUGUCGAUAAAUCCACCGGCAACGAUACUCCAAGUACGGGCGGUCGACAACGACGAAGGCUCCAACGGACAAAUCUGGUACAAAAUUGUCGGUGGUAACGAGAACGGUUCUUUCUCGUUAAAUCCAGAGACUGGUUUCCUCUAUCCAGCUGUAGCUUUACUUGGUCGCGCUGGUCCUUACAGAAUCGAGGUAGAAGCACGGGACGGUGCUGGAAGUGGUCCUCACGCGGAUCGAUGUUACGUCGACAUAAGAGUGAUACCGGUGAAUCAACACAAGCCCGAAUUCGUAAUGCCCGAGUUGCCAAACGCGACAGUCGAAGUACCUGAGAAUGCUGGUGUACCGAAUUACCUUGUAAUGACGGUAAAAGCAAUCGAUCACGAUCCCGGUGAGAAUGGACGUGUUAGUUAUCAUUUGAAAGUUGGCAAUCUUAACGUACAGGAGAACGAAGAGUUUUCUAUAGAUCGAGAGACCGGUGAAUUGAGAGCAAAAAUAAUUCUUGAUCGUGAAAUUAAGAGUAAAUUCGAGUUGGUCCUCGUCGCUGCUGACCACGGAAGUCCAACGUAUUACGAAACACUUCGCCUGUUAACGAUUCUCCUAGUCGAUACGAAUGACAAUGUGCCGGAAUUCAACGAGAAUUACGUUUUCUACGUUGCGGAAAAUCGUCCCAAGGAUUAUACGGUGGGCAGAGUGACUGCCGAAGACAAGGACGAAGGUAGACACGCGCGUGUUUAUUAUUAUAUCGAGGCGGGUAACGAGGACGGUGCUUUUUACAUUGACAAAUCCGACGGUACGAUAUACACGAAUAAAUCGUUUGAUCGUGAGACUCGUGAUACUUACAUUAUCACUAUAUUAGGAGCGAACGAUCCUGACCUUUAUGUCCCGUCUCAGUCAGCUGGCUCGACGAGCAAUCCUGAACAUGGUCAUGUAAACGUAACGGUACAUAUUCUGGACGAGAACGACAGUUCUCCUAUUUUCGAGCGAUCUGAUUAUUACGCCGGGAUUAAUUCAAUGGCGAACAUUAAUGAAUUCGUGGCCAAGGUCACUGCAUCUGAUCUUGAUCUUGGAGACAAUGGAACUCUCCAUUAUUACGUUGCCGGUGCUUAUCUUUACAAAUAUGGCUCGUUGAAACCAAGCGGCUCUAUUAUUCCUAGUCCUUUCAACGUAACUCAAGAUGGCAAAUUGGUAACGAGUGGGUACAUGGCUGAAUACAAUCAGGACAGAUUUUCCGUUGAAAUCGUUGCCAAAGAGACCGCACCGCCUGAAAGAUACGCGAUGACCCGUGUGCACGUUUGGGUCUUUGAGCCUUCGCAGCUGAUACGCGUCAUACUCUCUCGUCCGCCCGAAGAGGUCAAUCACGCUCGUGACGAAAUAAUUGGAGAAUUGUCAAAUGCGACUCAGAGUCGCGUCGUCGUUGACGAUAUACGCUAUCACGUCGAUGCAUCGGGGCACAUAAGAAGAGAAUGGUGCGACAUGUAUCUCCAUGUAGUCGACUCGAAAACCCAGACCAUAACGCCGAUCCCACAGGUACUCAGGAUCAUCGACGCCAAGUAUGACUUCCUCAAAGAUUAUUACGCUGGCGUUGCCAUUGAGAAUGUCGUUCCUGCCUACGCCGGCAUACAAGAAGAACCUUUUGAUCCGGCCCUCGCUGCCCUCAUCGCCCUCUUGGUUGUUUUACUCGUCGGGGCUGUAACCGUCACCGUCGUUUGCUGCUGCCUCCGACACUGGGUCAUCACCGUGCCAAAUGACAUACGAAAAAAGGAUGGUUUGAUAAAAAAACAAAUAAUCGAUGACUUGAAUACCACCGAAAAUCCAUUGUGGAUCGAGCAAAAGUUGAAAUUGUACGAGGAACAAGAAUUGACGAUGCAAGUUUUCAGUGAACCCGAUUCCGGCCUGGUUCAAGAUCGACGAGGCAGCGGCGUCAGUGUUGGCAUCGGCGAUACUUCGCAAGACAAUACUUACGCAACUAUUCAACACCCUCUACCUGCGAAUCGACAUCGUCCAACGACACCCGAUUACACUACAUUACCGGGAAACCAUAAUAAUCUUUACGAGUCUGCUAUGGGCUUUCAAGGCUCUACUUUUCAACCAUCGACCACGGUUGUGCCACAACUCACUCUCGAUCGCGACGGCCAGCCUCAAUUUGUUUCCGCCCUUGAAUAAGGCGACCACGAUUUUGGUGAUCACGAUCUCAGGCUGUAAAACGCGAGCCGAGAGGCUUGCGUUAUUGAAGACCGACGAAACUCGAGCUCAACAAGCCUAUUUGGAAUUUUGCUUUGCAUUCGUGCCUUUCCGCAUUUUUUUUUAACGAUAGUUACCAACCUGGCUUUCGUAUUUCGGUCGAGACUUUCGUCGUCUUCAAAAGAGAACCGAGAGAGAGAAAAGAGAAACGAGCCGAGUCAAAAGACUUUAAUGUAACGUCUCACUGAUUAUUUGUACGUAAAAAUCAGUCAUCACAGUCGAGUCUGUGAAUGAAAGCGAACAACUUUUUCAUUUCUCUUCUGUUUCUUGAUUUCCAUUAUUUAUACGCCGUUGCAUUUUUCAUCGUAAACACCAUUGAGAGAAAAAAGAAACGGCAAAAGUGAGAAGAUUCAAAUUAAAAUUUAGCAGGAAAAAGUGUCCGUUUGGUACUCGCACGGAUGCACGGCCUCGACAAUAACUGGAUAAUAUGGUUUGGUCAGCGUGCGAGUUGGCAUUUUGGAAAGGUCCAUUAAUUGAUGCCGAGAGGUCUUCUAGAGAAGAAAAAAAAUGAUAUUUAACGGAAAGAAACACAUAUAUAAAUCUCAAUCAUGUGUCAUGGUCAUAGUAGAUUUGCGAUUAUUUAACGUAUCAAAUUGUGAGUAAAACGAGUAUUCUAAUGGUCAACCUUGUCGAGAAACUAAAACAGCUUCUCAAUUCUUUAAAAUCAAAACCAACCCUUAUUCGUUGUUAAAAAAAAAUCCAUGAAAAUUGAAUCCCCAAAGACAUUCAAGCCCUCUGUAAAAAUACAAAGUCUGCAAUAAAAUCUCUUUGAUUAUUUUGCAGAAAAAUGUUGAUAAUUUUCGCAGAUAGCCGAGAUAUUAGUAUCUCAUAAUUCAUUUUUUUCAUUAAAAAAAAAAAAAGAAAAGAAAAUUCAUCCAAAAAGGAAGAUAGACACAAGACGGAAACCUUUUCAGGGAUUAACCACGGAGAUUUUUUGUUACUUAUUCAAAAUGAAUACGUAUCAUUAAGGUACUCGCUUUAUAAUGAAAUACGUAUACGUGUAUAUAUGUAGCAAGUCCGCAAGUUCGAAAAUCCGCUUUCUUACUACGUUAUCGAAGAUCUUUAGUGAUAGAAAAAACUAUGGAUUCCAAAAGACACAUAUGAUUUGCAAUUACAAAGUAGAGCCGCUAAUAAUUCUUCUGGCUGUAAAGUUACGACUGUAUGAAAGUGAUUUUUUUUCGAACACACUGAUGCAUAUGAUUGUACGUAUACACAUAUUAUACACGUAGAGCAACGUAUCAUGACAAAACAGAGGGUAUAACGAUGGUCUAACUUAGCUGUUAAUAGAAAAGUAUAAAUCCCCAAUUCCCUGUUAUCCUACGUAGAAACAAAAAAAAACAAAACAAAUGCGUGCGAAUAAUAGAUGUGUACGUUGCCAAACUUUUGAAUUCCAAUCGCGCGUUGAGAUUAAAAUAAUGAAAUUCGCCGAUAACGGGAUUCAAGAGCGAACGAAUUUGUAUUGCAUUUAAUCGAAAAAUUAGUGGAAUUGUACUGAAACGAAUGUACCGUCGCAAUAAUAAAUUGACGACUGGAGCUUGGCACGACAGGUAUAUGUAUAUAAUGAAUGUGUAGAUUCCGUCCAGCCCAGGUUUUCGUUGCUCUUUCGUCAUAAACAAUUCUCUGAUAUAACAAAGUACGUUUUUUACUUUAGUUUGGUAAUGACUGUUUCCGCAUUUUUUUUGUCGUUUUUGAUGAGUAGCUUCUGUUGAAGGGAUGUUUAUCAUGGCUAUACAAAUUAAAACGACCAUUUCAACGAUAAAGUUGCAAUAUUUUGUCUCGAGUGAGGCAUAUCUGCGACUGAAUUAUAUAUACGUCCAUAUUUAAUAAUUAUAAUAAGUGUCAACAAAUAUAAAACACAAUUAGAAAGUCAUUAGUCAUUAUUUAACAGUUCCACUCGAAGUAUUAACCAGUCGAGCGUUUAAACAUGACAAUCCGUGGAUCCUUUGUUUCCGUUCUCUUUAUUCGAUCUGUGAUUACGUCUCGUUAAUGAAAUUCGUUGUUGAAUUUAUCGGUGUUACUAUCAUUCGAUGCUUUAUAGUAUUUGGAUCGAUUUGCGGGCCAAGGGCGGACUUAGUCAUAUCAUAUUUAAAGUGAACAAUAAAAAUAAAAAAUUAAAAAAAUUAAUUCAAAUGCGAUGUUUGCAGUGAAUGGAAUCGAAAUGAACUUCAAGCGAUGAUAUAUACAUUAAUAAAUAUACAUCGCGUCAUCGAAUUUGGUCAAGUUAUAAUAAGAAACGUUUAAAUAUAAUAUUAAUAUUAUAUUGUCGUCAUCCCUAUUUCCCUAACCCUUUCUCCUUCCCAAACAUGAACUAGAUGGUUAUUAUCACUCGAGUUAGGAAAAAUAUUGUCUGUUUAUUGAUUACAAAUCCAUUGUAAUAUUGUAACAUAUUUUAUGUAAGCGAUUAUUAUAAAAUAUUCGUACUUGAAAUGAAAAAAAGUCAA